UUAUGCACACGCCGGAGGUGCAACCCGAUAUCGAGAUUGCCAGUGGUGGGCCACAAUAUCCAUUUAAUCCUCCUGGAAGCGUAACACCAACUUCGGCUUCAACAACCACCAUACGUCAUCCUUUGCCGCCGCAAUUUGAAUUAGCAUCUAGGCCAUCGAUUACGUUGCCCAUGAUAGCCAACACAACUUCUGCGCCUACCCCGAUCAGACCCAUUGCCACAUACAAACCACCGGUAGCGACUAGAUCGCCUAUGAAGCGUAAUUCUUGUGUCGUCGAAGCUCCAUUUUGCUCAUCCUGCUUGGCAAAAAUUUCCUCUUCAGAACCCUGGUUCCCCUAUCCGCCUCCUUUGUUUAUUCCAGCUGUAUGUUCUCGUUGCAGCAUCCUUCAAGUGAUUUUAAAUCGAUUGCCGGAAGAGGUGACUGUUUUCUCGGACAUCCUCAAGCUGGCGUCGUUCGGCGAAAUCGUAGAUUUUAACGAAGUUCUCACUGAAGCUAACGGUCAGGUAACGGUUCUGGCGCCAAGUGAUGCAGCGUUCGCGUAUUUGCCGAUUUCGAUCGAUGAUCUUAAACAGCGACUUGUAAGAAGUCCCAAUGAAUUGCGUCGCUUCAUUCUCUAUCACCUCCUGCCUGGCUAUGUCACAUCGAGAGAUUUGAAGCCCGAUGCGUGGAUCGCAACAUGCUUAUUUGAAAAAAGCAUUUAUAUCAACAAUGAUCGGCAAGUGAACGGAGCGCCUUUACAGAGCCGAGACAUAAAUCACAAGCACGGUUCGAUCCAUACUCUGGGUCGUGUGUUGUGGCCUGUGGCCGAAGAUUCUGUUCAACUCUACCUAGACGCCAAUCCUUUUCUCUCACAGUUCGCUUCAUGGUACCGCAAUUUUGCUCGCGUGUCAAAGAACGACAUGGUCACGGUGUUUGCACCAACUAAUGCCGCAUUUGAGCGCGUGGCUCCCUCGAUCCGUAAAAAUCUAGCGAAGAAUGACGUUCUGAAAGCAAGAACGGUUCAAAAGCAUAUAGUCCCCGGCCUAUGGUUUUCAUCAUCAAUAUCACCUAGUGGAGCUGUCCUUACACCAAUGGAUGGGCUCAGUGUUACCUGCACGGCUAUCAAAUUCGAAUUCAAUGAUCCCCACAAAUAUCAACAGAAAUCAGGCUUAUCUAAAGCAGAUAAGCUCUUGACUUUUGGUUCAUCGCGGGUGAUCGCGUCCGACCAAUUUGUCACAAACGGGGUUAUCCACAUUGUAGACAAGCUUAACACAGACCAGUUAGAACUGUGUGGCUUCAGCUAAUCAGCAGUUUUCUCUGUUCACAAAUAGUCGCCCAACUACACUCUACCAUCUACUCUUCCAUGUGCAAGAAUAGAUGACUAACAAAGAGAAGUUAAUCUAUUAUUAUUAUUAUACAAAUGCCGAGGCCGCAACUUAAAGGAUUUUAAACCAUCGUGCUGUGCUUCGAGCCCUAAAAGCCGAUAUCUGGAUACGAUUACUGCUAAAUCGAUACAUUCUCGCAAACUCUGAACGAGUAACAUCGAUCAUGAUAGAUAAAGAACCAUGAUGAUAGGUCAAAAAAACUCAAUUAAAAGCGAAAAAUCUUGAUACGUAGAUAUACAACACAGAGUAGGUUAUGUACGAACGUCAAUAGGUCGAGUACGACGACUAAAAAAUGUCUUAAGUUAUUUUGGCGCUUUGGCGCACAAGAUGCUAUCAUAUGCAAGCGGAUGAACGGUAAAGUAAGCCUGGCUUACUUUCAGUAUGGAGCCACAUAUCGUAUAAAUUUUGACGUAAAAUUACUUCGUGACCUAUUCGUGUUUACCCUAGUCGUCCUUCAGCGUGUUUUGGCUGUUUAAAGCUGUAGGACCAAAGUAAUAGGUACAGGAAUCGGUCGUAUAUGAAAACCACUUGCUAUUCCAUUAUUGGUAUUAUAUGGUAAGCUGCGUUUACUUUUCACAAAAGUCUUUAUGAAUCUCAAGUGUGAUUGCGAGAGCCUAUCAGAAGCCACGAAUUAGUAGAACAAGGUUCGAAAACCGUUUGCGCUAGACGCUACAAGGCUGUGUUUUGCCUCUUAUUUGCUCUGUCCCACGUAUACCCACGGUCGACGUUAUGCACAAUGCGCACAUUAUAAACUUUAAACACAAUGAAUUUAAAAUUAAAGCCUCGGUACAGAGCAAUAAUGGACACUAGUCCUCAUAGACACCAUUUCUCGGUAGGGAACAAUGAUUGUACACCAUAUAAUGUCACACAUAUUGCUUCAUCGGAUUUCCCGGCAUUUAUUAAGCAGCGCUAAAGGUUUUCUUUGCCAGUGUUCUUUGACUUCAUUCCUCCCUCAACCAAGAACCCCAGUACGCUCUUACCUAUACGAAAGGAAUGAAAUAUAGCAGAGCUUUUGAACAAACGAUGAACUCUAGCAUAAUAAUUAAUUGUUGCUUCUCGGAUUUCCAUGAAUAGUAUCGAAUACCUUGCACAUAAUAUAUAGCAGUUUGCAGAUCUCUUCUGUUGGGGGUUUUACUUCAUGAUUUUCCGCUGCAUUGGCCAUCGGAUUGAUACGAGCAACCGAUUGGUGCAACGGAGUAGAUUUGCAAGUAGAUUUACGAAGGCGAGCGUGUUGCUUUCGUACACGUGUAUUUAACCGUUAGCUAUGCUAAUUGCAAAAAAUGUGUUAGAGAUGAUUUGAACUCUAGUCGAAGCUAUUAUUUGACAUUUACUGAUAACGUUAUGUCGGUUGAUUGUACAUAGGAUAGGUUCAAGGUACAUGAAAUGAACUAAUAACAGUGUGUUUUUUAUUGAUAAGAUAUUGAUUUUCUAUUUAACCUCUGUUAUGGCCAGUUGUUCCGUCCUAGGGUAAUUUAAGUAAACGACGGACCUAGGAAAGAGAAAGCGAAUGAGCGUUAUUUGUAAUUUUGUUGAAGUUCUUUGAUUCAUUUUUUUUUUCUCAUUUUCCCUUUUGCGCUCAGUAGUAGCAGUAGUACUUAUCGAGAAUAGUCCUUUUUUACAACUCAGUUUGGUGGAAUUGCACUGUAGCAGUUUUUUUUCUGUGAAAUGGACAGUACGUCAAACUGCGAAAAUAUAGUCUCACACGAACCAAGUACCGUGGAUAUACGUGGAUACUCUCACAAAUUCUAUGAACAGAUAUGCGUGGUUAAUAAAAAAAAAACGGGACAAAAUCUAUUUUGGAAAAAUACAUUAGUAGUAAUAAAAACCAAGAUGGCAGAAAGAGACACCGUACUGGAACACCACUAGAAGAAAAUGACCGCGAAAUCAUAUCCAUAUCGAUUCUUCUAUGUUGAUAAUAUAGAAAGCGCUUUUUGCCUCUAGACCUCAUGUGGACUGAAUUAGAAACUUAAACCUGUUUUGCAGUCUGCAUAAUUAAAUGCGUAUUUUAUUACCAAUAGUUAGUACCAAUAGAGUUUGCGUGUUAUUUAUUCCCACAAUGUAUAUAGACAAAGCAUCACAAAGAUUUUUACCUUCCUGUGGCAAAAGAAAAGCAUGAAUGACUGCUAGAAAUUUUCGCCUUAUGAAGACAAUAGCCCGAAAUAUAGCUGCCCGAUUUUGCUCCAGUAAAUCCCAAGUUGUCUGCAUAAUGCCGACAUGAACUUAAGGUACUAAAAAUAAUUAGAGUUAACAGAUCGUGCAUGUAUUAUGUAUAUAUAUAUAUAUACAUAUAUAUGCACGUGAUA